UUAUCUUAUGUUCCAAAGAAAGAAUGACAAAAAAACGCGUUGCGUUGUCGGUUCCCAGAGAUUCUCGGAGCGCACCCUUAGCCGCUGGGGAUCCCGAGUUCCUGGAAGAGAUUGUGCCGGUCCACUCGACUGCUUCCUGGAUUCUGGCUUCCUUCUCGCGGGGAGGGUUCGCACUCGUUUCAUUUUGAUCCUGUUUGUUUUGCUCCAGCCCCAACUCCGGCUCCAGUUGCUGUUGCUGUUGCUGUUGCUAAUGCGCGCGCAUUGCACGUUAAAUAGUCCUACUACGAUCCGCGGCCUACUUCUUACUUUCGUUUCUCCUUAGUUCGUUUCUGCGUGCAUGUGCUCUUUCUCGAGUAGUUACUAUGGAAGUUUGUGCUGUGUGUGUGUGUGUGUGUGUGUGUACAUCGUUCGUCCGUGUACUGGCCAGGGACGUCAGAGAACCGCAUGCUUGGAGGGGAAAAGGGUGCAGGGGUUAUCUAAUUUCCGGCGCUCGCGGUUGCUGACGAUGACAAUGUAUGUCGAUUGUUUUGCACGAUAGCUCCAUUCUCUAGGCUUCUUCUGUAUGUUGUCGUCGCCAGGUUAAAGGUUAGCUGCAGACAGAUUCUUUUCUUCGUGACGUUCUUGACUCUUGUUUGUCGUCUAAGCAGGCUUUGUGCUUUGGAUCUGGAGUUGUACGUACCAGAGUCUUAUGUUGUAUACCCGAUUUUUCUUCACUCAUUAAACGUAUCUGUGGACUGUAUUGCAUUGUUUCGAGCUUCUCCAUUUUCCUUGAGGGCGCCUGUGUCUCUUUUACCGUCCGGCUGUGUUCGCUCCCGAGCUGUAUCGAUAUAUACCCUAGUGAGCAUGAGAAGAGCAGAUUAGCAGUGUAAAACGUAUAACUAACUCAAAACUCUAACGCAUACCAAACACAACACGUUAUUGCAUGGACUCUACUACUGCUGAAGCGAACUGAAACAUGAUAAAGGCCACAAUAAUGCCACUUACGGAACCGACUUACGCAAACUGAAAAGUAAUGAGAAAAAAAAACCAAACAAACAAACAAAUCAAAUAAUCAAAACCAUAACGAACACACACGCGCACACACUUUUUGGAUGGUCCGGCGGGACCGACGCUAAACGUUAAUAACCUUACGUUCUCUACUUGAAAUACUUACCCAACCAGGCGUAAAGCUAGCCAAUACCCAAAACUCUAACAGCUAUAAAAGAAAAACAUGAAUAUUUCGGCAUAGAAGUAACGAAUUAACUGGAUACAUAAUGGUGUAAAACCGUUCCCUCAAAAAACAACAGAUGACAAAAUCGACUAAAGGAAAAACUAAAACGAAAAACGAAAACAAAACAAAACUAUUUAGAGGCAUCAAAACUGGGAAAGAAAGAAGAAAAAAAAAAGCAAACCCGGUUACGGUUCGGAAAGUAAAAUUAAUAUACUCAGCCAAAAAAAAAACAGAGAAGAAGAACGAAACGAAAUACGCAUACGCAUAGUAAGGCAGCAUAAAUGCAAAAAAACGACUGGUGAGGUAGGUGGGCUUAGCGGGGCGCAGCAUAAAGAUAAAGUGACACAUGCACGGACUGGUAUGGAGCUAACUCUGUGGUGGCACUGCGACAGUAGACGAAGGAUGUUAAGGCAGGCGUAAAACCAGGUCUUAUGUUACGAGUAGAAUAGGAAUGUGCAAAUAUAUACUAAACAAAUGUAUGAACACAAAACUGCGAGCAUGGAGAACUGUGGCACAAUAGAAUCUCCUUACGGGACUUGUGUUCUUGUUUGUAAAUAGUCGAUCGCGCGAUAGUGUUUCUCUUGAGCAACCGGGUGUGGAGUAAUGAUGACGACGAUGAUGCACACAUGCACACAAUCCGGGUGGACCUCUCUGUUGCACUCAGUCCCAGCCGGACACCCGUUAACCCGGUUAGUCAGUCAGUCAGUCAGUCAGUAAGUCAUUCAGUCAAGUCAAAGUUUAGUCAACGCAACUACAUUUCACUGACAAACGUUUGUAGUUUUUUGGCGGAUGUAGGAGCUGGAAAUUCCAAUCUAACUAUGGGAAGAGCAUAUGCAAGAUCAGCAAAGGCAACAGCAGCAGCAACCAUCCCGGUACUGGCGCUUUGUGUUUGUGUUUGCCGAGAGAACUGCAGACGGGGCAAAACAAAGCAAACGAAUAGAGGGAAAAAGUUGAAAGGGAUAAUAAAAGAGAGGAAGAAGAAGAUCCAAAUAACCCAACCACUCACGUACGCCCUAGAAACACUAGUAAUACUAAUGAUAAGAGUAAUAAAAUAAACAAAAAAACUGAUAAUAAUAGUAGAGCAAAAGCGGAAGGUCGCGAAGAAGGCGUGAAUUGGUGGUGUGUGGAACUGGAACUGAAAUCAUGUGAAAUAUUGCAAAAUGUAGGAAAUAAAUAAAUGGAAACAAAACGUGUGAUGAUGAGUCGGUCGAUCGAGGAAGAAGCAACAGCAGGAGAAAAGGAGCAGCCUCCCUCCCCCCCCCCCCC